GCAUUACUAACUUUGGUAGAUUACACUCAUUCUCAUUCACUCAUUUAAGAUUUGUUGUGGUUUAAAAGGCAACUCUGUCUCUUUUAUCAUCCAUAUAGCUUCUGGGAUUAGCCAAGGAUUAUUUAUCAAAUUGCCGGAAUUUUGUUUUCAAAAGAUCUAAUGACAUUUUGUCAUUGGCAUAUAGAAAGGGAUUUAUCAAAAUUUGAUCUAUAGGGGAGUUGUUUGGUAUUUUUGAGAACAAAGUGGAAGUUUAAGGAAUAGAUUACAUGAAAUUGAACACUGAAAUAGAAUACUUUGAUAUUUGUGCCACUGGAAUUGAAUAGAUUAACUAUUAGUUAUUUAAAUUAUUGACCAACAAAAUUGCCUACAAUUUAAUAUUUAACUCCUCAAGUACUUGAUCGUUUAAUAAAUUAAGACAUUAAAUAGCUAACUUUACAAAAUGGAAACACAGGCCGAAAAUGGAUUAAGUGCAACAGAAAAUGCAGUAAAAGUAGAUAAUGAUAAUGAAGUAAAACAAAGUCAGGACAAAAUUGAAAAUGCUGAAAAUGAAACUGUUGCUGAAAAUGGUAAAAAUGAAGAUACAAAAUCAGAUGUUGAGGAUGAUUUAGAAGAUAAUGUAAAGAAAUCAUAUGAAAAAGAUAAAGAUGAGCCAGUUGAGGAGGUUGUUUCAGAAGAAGCUAAGGUUAAUUCUGAAGAGACAGAAUUAAAUAGAGAAAACCUAGAUAAUGAGGAAAAGGAAAAUGCUGAUGAUGAAAAACCAGAAUCCGAUCCCCCUUCAGAGCCACCUAGCUAUAAUGAUGUGCAGGAAGCUGACCAAGAAGCUGACCAGGAAGACGAAACGCCCAAACCUGACCGAGCACCAACUCCAGAACCCGUGCCUGUAGAUACACCUUCACAUAACUAUCACCCACGUCUUUGUCUCAUUAGAAAAUGGGCCGACUUUCAAGGCUACGGCUUUAAUCUCCAUGCUGAGAAAGAUAAGAAAGGCCAGUAUAUUGGUCUGGUAGAUGCCAACUCACCAGCUGAAGAUGCUGAUCUAAGAAAAGGUGAUAGAAUUAUUGAAAUAAAUGGUGAAAAUAUUGAAGACGAAUCACACCAGCAGGUGAUUCAGAAGAUAAAGGCAGGAGGUGAUCAAACAAAGAUGUUAGUUGUUGACCCAGAAGCAGACGAAUACUACAAAAAUAAUGGAAUUAAAAUUACACCUGAUUUGCCAGAAGUGAUUUUCAAUCAAACGAGGGAAAAAGAAGUAUCAGAGCGUUCGUCGACCCCCGAACCGGUCUCAGUUCCAGAAACCUCUGAAUCACACAAUUUCCAUCCUCGGCUCUGCCACAUCAAAAAAUGGCCCGAUUUCCAAGGGUAUGGUUUCAACUUGCAUGCUGAGAAGGAGAAGAACGGACAGUACAUCGGACUGAUUGAUGCCAACUCCCCGGCUGAGGAUGCUGAUUUAAGGAAAGGCGACAGAAUCGUUGAAGUUAAUGGAGAAAAUAUUGAAAGAGAUACCCAUCAGCAAAUUAUUCAGAAGAUAAAAGCUGGAGGUGAUGAAACAAGGCUGCUUGUGGUAGAUUCAGAUGCAGAUGAUUAUUAUAGGAGAAAUGGAAUCCAGAUAAAGGCAGAUAUGCCUGAAGUUGUUGCCUCAGAAACAAGGCAAAAAGAGGUGCCAGCAAUGACCUUCCAUCCAAGACAGUGUCAUGUGAUCAAAUGGCCUGAUUUCCAAGGAUAUGGAUUUAACCUUCAUGCGGAGAAAGAGCGUGGUGGACAGUAUAUCGGUAAAAUAGAUGAAAAUUCACCCGCAGAAGAUGCUGGCCUUAGAGAAAAUGAUAGGAUCAUUGAAGUUAAUAAUGCAAACAUUGAAAAUGAAACACAUCAGCAAGUUAUUGCUAGAAUUAAAGCUGGCGGUGACGAGACUAAGCUACUGGUCGUUGAUAAGGAGGCCGAUGCUUACUACAAAAGUCGUGGAAUUACUGUUACAUCACAAAUGCCUGAAGUAGAAUUCCGGCAGACGGCAAGGCGGUCAAAUGCUGGCA